GUCUGUGCUCCGUGCAGAGACAGGUGCAAGCCCAGCUGGGCUGGGUCCUCCGCGUCACCGAGCCCAUCUCCUGGGGGAUGGGGUGGGCUGUGUUUCCUUGACGGACUUUUGAGAGCCCCCACCCCCCGGCGGAGCGGAGGAGACCAUGGCCCCUCAGGGCUCCCGGGCCGAGCUGGAAUUCGGAGGACCCCUGGGCGCUGCGGCACUGAUGCUGCUGCUGCCCGCCACCAUGUUCCACCUCCUACUGGUAGCCCGCUCGGGCCCGGCGCGCCUCCUGGGCCCACCCCCUUACCUGCCGGAACUCGAGGAGCUGUGGAGCCCGUGGGCGCUGUUGCUGUGUCUCACCUGGCUCGGCCUGCAGGCGGCGCUCUACCUCUUGCCGGCGCGCAAGGUGGCCGAGGGGCAGGAACUGAAGGACAAGAGUCGACUGCGCUACCCCAUUAACGACGUAGGGGGUUCCACUGGCUCCCUCCACACCCCUCCUCCCUCCACUCCCAGCAUUGCUACCACUCUAUGCACCAGAGAAGUGGCUGGGGUGACCCUCCGAAAGCUAAAGUGUCUGACUAAUGGCUCGGGACAAGGCUUCCAGGCCCUGGUGCUGACAGCCUUGCUGGUGGGCCUGGGGGUGUCAGCCGGGCUGCCCCUGAGCGCGCUCCCGGAAAUGCUCCUGCCCUUGGCCUUUGCGGCCACCCUCACCGCCUUCAUCUUCAGCCUCCUCCUCUAUCUGAAGGCUCUGGUAGCCCCUGCCUCUGCCCUGGCACCCGGGGGGAACUCAGGCAAUCCCAUUUACGACUUUUUCCUGGGACGGGAGCUCAACCCGCGCAUCUGUUCCUUUGACUUCAAAUAUUUCUGCGAACUGCGGCCUGGCCUCAUCGGCUGGGUCCUCAUCAACCUGGCCUUGCUGAUGCAGGAAGCAGAACUUCGGGGGAGUCCCUCGCUGGCCAUGUGGCUGGUCAAUGGCUUCCAGCUACUGUAUGUGGGUGAUGCCCUUUGGCACGAGGAGGCGGUCCUCACCACCAUGGACAUCAUACAUGACGGGUUUGGCUUCAUGCUGGCCUUUGGGGACCUCGCCUGGGUACCCUUCACCUACAGCCUGCAGGCCCAGUUCCUGCUGUACCACCCAGAGCCCCUGGGGUUGCCCCUGGCCUCGGUCAUCUGCCUCAUCAAUGCUGUUGGUUACUACAUCUUCCGUGGAGCCAAUUCUCAGAAAAACACCUUCCGGAAGAAUCCUUCUGAUCCCAGAGUGGCUGACCUUGAGACCAUCUCUACAGCCACAGGACGACGGCUGCUGGUGUCUGGGUGGUGGGGUAUGGUCCGCCAUCCCAACUACCUCGGAGACCUCAUCAUGGCUCUGGCCUGGUCCUUGCCCUGCGGGGUGUCCCACCUGUUGCCCUACUUCUACCUCCUUUACUUCACUGCGCUGUUGGUACACCGUGAGGCCCGGGAUGAGCAGCAGUGUCUGCAGAAGUAUGGCCUGGCCUGGCACGCAUACUGCCGGCGUGUGCCCUACCGAAUCGUGCCCUACAUCUACUGAAGCAGCUCCACGUGUCCCAGGUCGGGCCACGUGCCCACCCAGCUGCCAGCACACCCAGCACCAGGAGCCUGGACUCACCUGGCACUCAAGGGCCUGCACCCUAACCUGCUCUGAGCUCCGACAGGCAGGGGUGAACGGCCUGAUAGGUGGUUGGAGCAAAAGGGGAAAACGAAGCCAAAAUGGAGUGGAGGGGCUGCUCUUCCUCCUUGGAUAAACAUCUGGAACGCUU